UAUAACGACAUGCAUUCCCUCUCAAAUCCCAUCUGAUUUUUAGGGCUUUGAGAAACAUCAACCAUAUUUGCAGAGAACUUUUAUGGCGACCAUCAUGGGCGGCGAAAGCAACCACAACCGUGCGGUUGUAUACACGGAGCCCGGCACCACACAGACGGAGGUCGUGGAACUACCGAUCCCGGAGCCUGGCCCCGGAGAGGUUUUGGUUCGGCUACAAUACUCUGGCGUUUGUCAUACCGAUUACGGCUUUUGCAUGAAUGCGUUCUCAUCGGUUCCAUUUCCAACACCAAAAGGUCAAGUUGGUGGCCAUGAGGGAGUUGGCGAAGUUGUUGCUGUAGGCACAGGUGUAACAUCACCAGCAAUCGGUGACAGGGUGGGAAUCAAAUAUGCGGCAGAUGCAUGUCUAAACUGCGAUCGAUGUCUUCAAGGCGGAGAAUCAUCAUGUGCACAAGUUAAACUCUCCGGCUACUUCACCCCCGGCACAUUUCAACAGUACUGCAUAUCGACGGCACGAUACGUCACUCCCGUCCCCGCAGGCCUCGAUUCAGCCGAAGCCGCCCCUCUAAUGUGCGGCGGCAUCAGCGUCUACACAGCCCUCAAGCGCGCUGACGCCCGCCACGGCGACUGGGUAGUCAUCGUUGGAGCCGGCGGGGGCCUCGGUCAUCUAGCGAUCCAGUACGCCCGCGUGAUCGGGUGCCGUGUCGUGGCCAUGGACGUCGGUUCCAAGGAGAAAUUCUGCCGUGACCUCGGGGCGACGGAAUUCGUCGAUUUCACGGCCUACCCCACCGACGAGGACCUGACGGCGGCGAUUAAGAAGAUUACAGGUGGAGGAGCGAGGGUUGUGCUCAUGUGCUCGUCUAACAAGAAGGCGUAUGUGCAAUCUCCAAAGUGGCUCGGCUUCAGGGGCAAGCUUGUCUGCUUGGGUGUUCCGGAGAAUAGCAGCCCGGCCAUUGCGGACGUCGAACCCAUGCUCGUUGACGAGUUGACUAUUUUUGGCGUCAAGACUGGUAAUAGACUCGAAGCCAAGGAAUGUCUGGAGAUCGCGGCACAAGGCAACAUCAAAACUCACUUCCAACUUCGGCGAAUGAGAAGCUUAACAAAGGUAACUCGAUCUCAUUCUCAAGUACUUCCUUGAUCACGUCCGGCUGACAGGGCGAUCUACAGAUUUUCAACGAGAUGGAGUCUGGAGGGAUUCAAGGACGCGUUGUGAUUGAUUUGAAGUAGACGCAUAUACAAUGACAUGAUUCCAGUAAAUACACAAUUUUUUAUGACCAUGAAA